ACACGUCCGGCCUGCUUUUAUCCAACCCAAUCUGAUAUUCGGCAACUGACGCUCCGCACGCCCUGAAAGCCUCGCGCGUGCAGUUCAAUGACACCUCUACCCGGUCAAUGCGAGGGCAGCAACGUGUGUCUUUUUUCCUGGAUCGCUGCGAUGCACAUGUAUCGGUAAUUAAUCAACCUGCACGAUCUGCCAAACGAAGACGAGUCCGGUGGUCUAGAGGAGGAGAAAGGGAACAUGAAGCUCAUUUGCCAUGUCUAAGACGGCGGUGAAGAAGCUGCACUGGCGUUCCAAAGUGCAGGACGGCUACGUCCCGUUGCUGGACUCGUCGGGGGAGCUGGGUAUCGCCAUUGGUGGAGGAGCAGAUUAUGGAGAGUUUCCUUUUGUCACGUCGGCGCCGGAAGGGGGGCUCACGGUGGGGGAUGUCAUCCUCGAGAUUGGGGGAACACCGGUUUUGGGGAUGACAUUAGGAGAUGUCCGGGGCGCCCUCAACUCCUGUCCUCAUCCUAUCCGCAUCAAAACUGUGUCCCCAGGCUCCACAUUGUGCAAGGAUCUCAGGUUGUAUCUGAGCAAGUGUUUCACACCCGGCUCGGUGGACAGCCAACUUCAGCAGGUCAUCCGAGAGAACCUCUACCUCCGCGCUGUACCUUGUACAACCAGACAGCCUAAAGAUGGGGAAAUCUCAGGCAUAGACUACAACUUUGUCAACAUUGAGGAGUUCUUCUCCUUGGAGGAGUUGGGAGCACUUCUUGAGAGUGGAAAGUUCAAAGGCAAUUACUACGGCACGCCUCGGCCCGUUCACAUCAGCGCAGAGAGCCCCCCCAUCACCUAUCAGGAACAUCGCAACCUGCUCAGGAACUUCCGCACACGCAGCAGAUCCCUCAGCAACCUGGAGAAGGCGGCAGAGGACGGAGAGAACAGUGAGGAAGACUCCGGUCUGUCAGGAGGCUCUGCCGGUGUUAGCAGCAGCGUCCCUACGAGCCAUCGGUCCCCCGGGCGGCCUCGGGCAUCCAGCAGCGGGGGUUGUCGUGUCGUAGAGAACGGGAUCAUCGGCAGCAGAAGCGGUGCCAGGGUGAGAGGUGUGAUGCCUGAUCACUGGGAGCAGGCCUUCAGUGACACAGGAGAGCCUCACUACAUAGAUCGCCACCCGACGAGGACCAACUGGCAGAGUCCUCGAGGCUCAAGCAGGGAGACCGUCUACAAAAAUGAGUGGUUCACAGACCAGCCUGGGGAGCUCAGGGGUUUCCCUCUGCAUACACACUUGAUCAAGGGCUCCAGGGGGUUUGGUUUCAAUAUUGUUGGGGGCAGCAGGCCAAGAGAGUUCCUCCAGGUCUACAGUGUGACUGCAAGUGGACCCUCAGCACUCAAAACAGCGGACAUCCUGGUGUACAUCAAUGACGUGUGUGUGUUGGGAGUGUCUCACAAAGAGGUGGUAGAGAUGCUCAAGUCGGUCCCUGUGGGCCACAGUGUGGACGUAGAGGUGAAAAGAGGGUAUCCCAUGCUCUACAACAAUGACGGUUGUCCCAAGCAGCCGCCGCCAACGCUACUGGACAGCGGGGACCCGAUCCGACCACCCACCACCACCCAGCCUCAGCCUCUUCACCAACUGCCUCGCCUCCCGACACCCACUCCCCACACCCAUCACUUUAACUAUAACGGGGUCCACAGUCACGGCAGCUACAUGGAACCAGGGGUGACUCUUGACGCUAAUGGAAAUGCCAUGCCGUUCGCUACCAGAGAGUCGCCCUUACACAGACGCUCCAGUAUGAGCAACGCGGCCUCUCCUCCGCCGGUGCGUCCUCCUCGUUCAAUGAGAAGUUUAGCCAGGCUGCAGUCUUUUGACCCCACGCUCGCCAGCCAGAGUGACAGUGAAGUUGUUUCUGCCAUUGGAUCCCACAGGGCCUCAAUGAUCCGUAAUCACAACAAUAACUCCCUCUCAACACCCCCUCAUCCUUAUCGUUACGGCACAUUCAAGUCGUCUGAGAGUGACAUGUCCACCUGCACCCUGUCGGGGGCCCGGCUUCCCCUGCCUCAGUCACCGAGGAGACCCUCCUCCUCCCAAGGUGUCCCUCACAGCGCUCAAUCCCGCCUCUUCAGACCGUAUACCUCACACCUCAGACCUCCUCCCACCCCUGACAGCCCCCGCCACCACCUCGGCUUCAACAGUUUCCAUGCCAACACCAGCCCCACUGCGAGUCCGAGCAGUGUGUCCUCCCCUGGGGCGAUGAGUAUGGGCAGCGGAGUUGGCAGUUUCAGCGGAGGGGAGCUGGUGCCAGUGGCCUUGGCCCAGACCGAAGGAGACCAAGGACUCGGCUUUAGUGUGACAGCUGGCGGUCCAGGAGGCAGGAUGACGAUAGUGAAAAGAGUCUGGGACCGGACGCAGUGCAACUCCCUUCAGCCAGGGGAUGCUAUUGUCAAAAUCAACGGUGCAGAUGUGCAGAGUCUUAGUUUUGGACAGGUACAAACAGUUCUCCAGGAGCACACCAAACAGGCGGAAGUCAUCCUUUUGAUUUACAGAGGAGGCAUCUAUCAUUCAACCAUCUCCCCCGGCUCCAAUCUGCGACUCCCCCCGCCUCUCCUCCACCCCCCUCCUCCACCUGUUGGUUCGGAUGUCGCCUCUGUGCUGCCAGAAGAACUGCCCGUGCCCCGUACCUCCUUCAGCAGUCCUCCCUCCCCAGCCCCGAUGCGCUCCUCGCUGGUCCAGAGCACCAGUUUCUUGGAGUCGAUUCCGGUGACCCUGACAAUGGAACCCAAAGACUGGAUCAACACCGGCCUGGAGGACGAGGCGGGCGGUGUCACGGUGCCCGACUCGGGUCUGGAGAGGCCGGGCGGCGGACAAACUCGGCCGCUCCGAGGGUUCGACGUGGAGCUGAGGAGGAAGCCGGGAGAGGGCUUUGGGUUCGUCGUCGCCUCUCAGGAUGUGGAGAAUGGAAAAGCUGCUUCACUUCUCCCUCACCGGUUCGUGACGGUACGUCGAAGCAGCCCGGCGGCCAAGAGUGGUCAGAUCCGGCCUGGAGAUCGACUCGAGGCAGUAGAGGGGCGCCCGGUGGUGACUCUGCCUCAUCGGGAACUCGCUCAGAUCCUUCGUCGAGCGGGAAACACUCUGCGCCUCACCAUCGUGCCCCGUCCCAGCACCUAUUCCUCAACAAACCCUUCAGAACCCACUGAGUUUGACUCCAGUCACAGAAACCGAAAGGGUCAGAGGUCCCGUCCAAAGCGUGACUCCAGGUAUUACAGUGUGGACCUGGAUCGUGGCCCGUCGGGCUUCGGCUUCAGCCUCAGAGGGGGCAGCGAGUACAACAUGGGCCUCUACGUCCUGGGACUGAUGGAGAGGGGGCCGGCCUCACGGAGCAUGAAAAUGCAGGUUAGCGAUCAGCUUGUGGAGAUCAAUGGGGACAGUACAGCAGGGAUGACCCACAGCCAGGCAGUGGAGCAGAUCCGCAGAGGAGGCCACCGCAUCCACCUGGUCCUCAAGAGAGGAAACGGCUACGUCCCUGACUAUGUGGAGCUCUCCAGUUUGUCUCUAUGCAUGACCAACUCCAAGCUAGGGGAGCCUUGCUUCUAUGUCAUUGGACGGACAGAGAAUACGCGGUUGGUAAUGGUUCCUGCCGUGAGCAAGGAAUCACCUCCCCCUCCCUCCUGCAUCACCCCAAGGAGCAGGGUUUGGCUGCAGUAG